UUCUUCUUUCUGGCUCUACGUCCCCACUGGGACUUGGCCUGCCUCGCUUCAACUUAGUGUUCUUUGAGCAUUUCCACAGUUAUUAAUUGAAGGGCAUUCUUUGCCUGCCAUUGCAUGAAUUUUUAUAUUGUGAGGCAAGUACAAUGAUACACUAUGCCCAAGGGAGUCGAGAAAAUUUUACCGACCGGAACGGGAAUCGAACCCGCCGUCUCCGGAUUGGCGAUCCAUAGCCUUACCCACUAGGCUAAUUGGAGACCCUCAGACUAAUCUCUCCGACAAAACAUGAGAUCCCGUCGAAGGUGGUGUGGACACAGGCCGAUGAUCGUUCGAAUGCCACUCCGAUUCCUGUCUCGGUUUAAGGCCACUGAACGAUUAUAUAUGGUAGGCGGAUCACCACGGGGAUCCUCAGUAUUGAUCCGCACCGGUUAGUAACAAUGAAAGUGCAGUACGACUUGGAAGGCGCUGUACUGAAGCAGAGUACGGGAUUGAAAUCGGUUUCGAAGCAUGUGCUGUACGGAGUGUUGCUGUUCGUGAUCGUGGUUGGAUGGGUGGUUUACCGGCAAGGCGAAGUUCUGCGGACAAAGGAGCUGCCGUGUCAGGGUACGGCUGGAGUGAUCGUUGGCAGUGAAGAACCUACAACUACGGUGGUUCACGAUAGAGAGAUUCUGACCAGUACGGAGCACCUCAAGGCGGAUAGCGUGGAUAAUCUGAUCGGAACCCUGUUCAGUCCCUUUGUCGAGUCGGAGUCAGCAGUUGUGGAACUAAAGGUGGAUACCGAUGGUUUCUUGAUUAAGUUCGGUGAGAAUGUGGAUAGCCUGGUGGAGUUGGCUAGAGAUUCCGAAAUCAACACGAUGGUGGCGAUGGCCCUGCAGGAGUUGAUGCUUCUGGGUCAAGGGGAUAAACCAGGGAAAAAGGUGGAUGUUGGACUGGCUGUGAAGGAGGAUUCGUACGAGGCGACUACAGCGAAGAAGGUGGAGGAACUAUGGAGUUGGUCAAGUGGAAAUCUGCUGGAGUUUAAGUUCCGUUUCGAGGAUGAUCAUUGGGAGCUGGAAGGAGCCGCGGAGUACAAAUCUAGUGAAGAAAAGGAUUCAAAUGAAGGUUCGGAAGAAUCCACUAGUGGUCGGUAG